CGGGUGAGUGCUGAGCCGAGUGAGCUGUGACUCGCCGGCCAUUUUUCGUCGAACAUUUAGCGUGGUUUCUGUGGAUUUGUUAGUAACCGGGUUAUUCACGUUUAUGUUUUAAUAAACCUACCAUUUUUUGGAUUUUGUCUAGGAUUUAGAUUAUCAUUAACAUUUUUUCAUUUAUGUGACUUUCUUGUCGACAUAAACGUUAAAAUUAAAGUGUUAAAUAUGAGUACAGAUAGCAUUGAAAAGUUGUAUAAAAAUUUUGGCGUUCUUGCCGAUGCCAAAGACAAACUCUCAGAGCACGAGGCAGAGUACUUAGAAAUUCUAAAAGCGGUAAAAGGAAGUCCAAAAGAAAAGCGACUAGCCUCACAAUUUAUUGCCAGAUUUUUUAAACAUUUUCCUACUUUUGCUGAUAAAGCGAUUGAUGCACAUUUAGAUUUGUGUGAAGAUGAAGAUAUGUCGAUACGUAAGCAAGCAAUAAAAGACUUACCAGCUCUGUGCAAAGAUAGCAAGGAGCACACUGCAAGAAUAGCAGAUAUUUUGGCACAAUUAUUACUUGCACAAGAUACUUCUGAACUAGAUGUUGUUCAUAACAGCAUAAUGACUUUGAUAAAAAAUGAUCCUAAAGGAGCCCUCAGUGGAUUUUUUUUACAAAUCCUAAAUGGAGAAGAUGGUAUCAGAGAACGAUGCAUUAAAUUUUUGUCAACUAAACUUAAAACUGUAGGAAAGGAUGUAAUAACCAAAGAACCAGAAGAUAUUCUUAUAUCAGAAUGUAAAAAGGUUUUACAGGAUGUUACUGCUGAUGAAUUCCAUAAUAUUAUGGAACUACUUGCUUGGACCAGACUUGGGUCUACUGUAAAUGGACAACAGGAACUAGUAGAUAUAGCAGUGGAACAAGCAGAACUUUCUGUGCCAUUUAAGCAUACAAAUUUGGAACAGUGCAGUCGAUUGAUACAAUGUAUUAAACAUGCUUUACCUUAUUUUAGCUCUCAAGUCAAUUCAUCCAAAUUUGUUUCAUACAUCUGCGUACAAGUUUUGCCACAUUUGUCUUUAAUUGUUUCACCUGAUGGAGGGGACAUUCAAUUGGAACUUUUGAAGCUAUUAGCAGAAUUAAUAGAACAUUGUGGUAAAAUUGAAAAGCCUGAGGAGAAAGUGCAACAACUUUAUAAUGCUUUAAUUACAUUCAUGCCACUUCCUCCAGAAAGUGAAGCAACGGAAGUACCUAAACUUCAAUUUAGUCAUGUGGAAUGUUUAAUAUAUGCUUUUCAUAAGCUAUGCAAACAAGUACCAGAAUUUUUAUUAAAAGAUGCAGAUCAGUUAAAGGAAUUCAGAUUACGGUUACAGUAUUUUGCACGUGGAAUUCAAGGGUAUAUUAAAAAGUUAAGAGAAGCUAUAAAUGGAAAAAGUGAGGAAGAACUUAAAACGGAUGAAAAUCAAAUUAAAGUCAUAGCUUUGAAAACUACAAACAAUAUUAAUACACUUAUCAAAGAUUUAUUCCAUUCCCCUCCAAGUUUCAAGAGCGUGAUUCAUCCUUCAUGGAAGACUGUUAUUACAAAAGCUAAAAGGGAUGAAAAAGUGGCAGUUGGACAAAAACGUCAUACACCUAUCACAUUUGGAAACGGAAAUAGUAAUGCCAACAAUCAUCAUAGUGCGAAUAAGAAACCUAAAGAAGAUACUCCAAGGAAUAACAAACAACUUUACACUCCUCCAAGUGGAAAAUACAGUUCAAACAUUUCAUCAAAUUAUGGUAACCGAGGACGAUUCCAAAAUCGUUAUAAUAAAGUUGGUGGAAGAGGAGGUGGUUUCAGACCAACACGUGGUCGUGGUACUUGGAGAAAGAACCCAUACUAAUUUAUCUCCAAUUAACUUCCUUCUGGUUGCUA